ACACUUACAUGAUCCGCGUUGCUGUUGGCGCUGUGAUAACACACAGAACUAAAAGUAUAACCUGAAAUGGAUGCCGCCAUGAUGGAAACAUCCCUAUCAAUCCCGAUGACCCCUGCGGUUGGAAGCACGCCGUUUAGACGCAAAGUCUUGUGGGAACUGUAGGACACGUCUUGACAGGCUAGACAAGCAUGGAAGACGCCGGAGAGAGCACGCGUGGCUGUGAAAAUAUCUCGGAUUCCGAGGAAGACCGAUGCUCAGAAAAUGACUUUGGGACGUCCAAACUCGGAACUAAAGAGUUCUGGGAUGAUGCAUACCAAAAAGAGCUUGAGACGUUCAACGAUAUUGGAGAUGUUGGUGAGAUAUGGUUUGGUGAGGAAAGCAUGAGCCGUGUGCUGCGAUGGAUGGACAAAGCGAACAUCCCAGAAAAUGCUGCCAUUCUUGACAUUGGCACUGGAAAUGGAGCUUUUUUAGUUGAGCUGGCCAAACACGGAUACAAGAAUCUGACCGGCAUAGAUUAUUCUCCUGCGUCUGUGGAAUUGGCCAGAAGUGUGCUUCAGGCAGAAAACCUGACAGAUGUCACUGUAAAGGAGAUGGACUUCUUAAGUUGUCCAAAGGAGUUAAAAGGUUUUGACGUCUGUAUCGACAAAGGAACAUUUGAUGCAAUAAGCUUAAACCCAGUCAACACCAACGAGGGCAAAAGACAGUAUGUCCAAGCCCUAAAAGAUGUUCUGAAGGAUAAUGGAUUCUUUGUCAUCACUUCCUGUAAUUGGACAAAAGAGCAGCUACUUGACAGAUUCAGUGAAGGCAUCUCUAGGAUUUCAUGAGAAUAAUCCAAAAAAAGAGAAAAUAACCAGUGAGUGGAUGUUCUCCCGGGAGAAAAUUGGCUUGUUGGUGUCAAAGGAGAAUGGCUAGACUGCUUCAAGCCAACAAGAAGGCAACAGUAGCUCAAAUAACCACUUGCUACAGCUAAGGUAUGAAGAAGAGCAUCUGUGAGUGAAUUACAUUGAACAUUGAAGCAAAUGGGCUACAUCAGGCCCAUUAGACACUUUAAGUAAACCUGACCUUUGAUCACGCAUUUAA